CUACGGCCCGAGCCGUUGGUCUGGCGCCGAAAUGCUUCAAAGCAUUAUUAAAAUUGUGUGGGUCCCCAUGAAACCCUACUAUACCCAAGUUUACCAGGAGAUCUGGAUCGGAAUGGGCUUGAUGAGCUUUAUUGUUUAUAAAAUCAGGAGUGCAGAUGAAAGAAGUAAAGCUUUGAAAGCUCCUGCACCUGCUCAUGGUCAUCACUAA